AUGAAAAGUGCAUGCGAGUCGAAGUCAGUCUCUCUGGCGUGUUCGGGUCGUGAGGGUAGGUGUCUGCGUGAAACUCGUCGGUCUACCGAAAAAUUCGACCUCGAGCCAGUCGUGCUGAGGCUGGAUCUGUCCCGCUACGGCACAAGUCGCCGGGGACCGAAGCCAGGCGACCGUGCUUGGCCUCGUCUUUACGGAAUCAUUUGUCAAUCCGAUGCGUGCACGGCGAAGCAUCCGCAUGAAGGGUUCGAGAUAGGCUGA